AUGGCUCGAGUGCUGGUGGAUGAGGUUUUUAGCCGAUUCGGCACUCCGGAGCAGUUACACAGCAAUCAGGGGCGAAAUUUUGAGGCAGAGGUGUUUGCUGCAGUGUGCGAGCGCCUCGGGGUGCAAAAGACCUGCACCACGCCCCUUCAUCCUCAAAGUGAUGGCCUCGUGGAACGUUUUAACCGAACUCUCACCACACAACUCGCAGUGCUUGCCAGCGAUCAGCAGAAGGAUUGGGACGAACAUUUGCCUCUCGUGCUCUGGGCAUAUCUCACAACAGUGCAGGAGUCAUCACAGCUGACGCCAUCUGCCUUAAUGUUCGGCCGCGAGCUGCGCAGUCCCGUGGACCUUGUGUUCGAACCUUCUCCCCAAUCGGAUUUACCCACGAAGCCUGGGCGAAUGGUUGUGCUCCACCGAGACCGUCUUGCUCCCUACCAGCUGCACGUUGGCGAAACCUCGAACUCUGUGGAGGCCGGACCGCCUCAGGACAAUAAAGAAGAGGCACCUUAUUGGAACCUUUCUGUCACAGUUCUACGAGGAAGGUUCCGGCAUUCAUAUGACCUCUUUUCACUGCCUGACCUCUAUGUGACAUUACGCCUACCCACGGCCUCAGCUUGCACCCUGAGAACCAGGACAAUCGAUAACUGCAAGACACCUGAGUGGAAUGAAACCUUCUUCUUCCGUGCUUAUAGCCAGGUCAAGAAUAUUCUGGAGCUGAAUUUGUAUGACGAAGACUUUGUAAAGGAUGAACUAUGCACCAGUAUCCUGCUCGACAUCAGCACCCUCAAAUUGGGUCAGAAAGAGAAAAAAGUCUUCAUUACAGAUGAUAAGCUGAAGGAUGAGCUAUGGGUGGAAUUUGAGCUCACAGAGAGUGCUGAAGCGCCUGAUCAGUACCACUCUAACAGAGUUCUAGUGGCUGUCCCGUUUUCUACUCUGGAGGUGAAGUUGGAUCAACUUCCAAAAGACAUUAAACAUGACAUGCUCUUAAAUGUACGAGGAGCAUAUAAUGAAAGGCAUGUGAUCUCAAUGUCCAGCAAGAACAGCAACCUCAUGCAGACUCUUCGCUACUACAUCAACAAAAACCUGGAGACUGAGAUUGGACUCCGGAUGCUGAAAAAUGAAAGAAGUUCCAGCCCUGCAGUAGUUCCUGUAAGCCCUUUUGUAGCCACCAGUGAAUUUACACUCUCUCUUCCUGUGGCAAAGGACAAAGUAGAAUUGCAUUUAACCAGAGUGGACAGCUCUGAGGAGGACAUGAAGGUGCGUCUGGAUUUUGAUAUAGCUGCAGAGGAGAAGGUGUUUCUGGUAAAGAGGAAAGAGGUGGUCUCUCAUGCACUGCAGAAAAUUCUUAACCUUCAGGUUCCAUUGGAUCCCACUCAGGUGCCAACGGUGGCUGUGGUGUGUUCAGGAGGCGGCUCGAGGGCCAUGACAGGCACAUACGGCUCUCUGAAAGGACUGCAGAGCCUCGGCCUGCUGGAUGUCAUCACCUACAUGACCUCUGUGUCUGGCUCCACCUGGACCUCUGCCAGUCUCUACUCUGACCCAUUUUGGUCAAAAGAAGGCCUGGAUAAGGCUAUAGUGUCUGUGCAGAAGGAGCUGUCUAAGAGCCCAGCUAGCCUCUUCUCUCCGACCCAUCUGCAUUAUUAUCACUCUGAGCUGCAGAACAGAGAAAAAGAAGGCUACUCAGUCUCAUUCAUUGAUACCUGGGGUCUCAUUAUAGAACAGCUUGUCUUUGGAAAGAAACACACAGAUACACUGUCUGACCAAAAGAAGGCAGUGUCUGAGGGCCAGAACCCACUUCCAAUCUACACAGCAGUAAACAUGAAGAAGGAUCCAAGUGGCUCAACAGUCCCUGAGUGGUGUGAGUUUACCCCAUUUGAGGUGGGAUUCUGCAAAUAUGGAGCCUUUGUCCCUGUGGAAAAUUUUGGGAGUGAGUUCUACCUAGGUCAUGUGGUUAAGAAGCUGCCAGAAACACGCGUCUCCUUCCUCCUGGGCCUUUGGAGCAGUGUUUUCUCUACUAAUUUGAUGCACCUCUGGAAGACUUUUACUGGAGUGACACCAUCCUGUCCAGAAGAAAAGAUCGACAAGAUUGAGGAAGAAGAAAAGUGUCCAGCACUUGAUACUUUACGGGUUGAUUCAGAGGCCUCAUCAUUAAGCAACUUCAUGAAUGAUCGCCCCAUCAUCAGCAGUGUGUUUAACUUCAUUAGAGGAUUUUUCCUCCACAACUCGUAUACUGAAAGCCCAAAUUUCAACAUCUCAAAUGACACAAACCCCGAUGCCUUUCCAAACAAGCUGACUCCAGUGGACCCAACCCUUAGCUUGGUGGAUUCUGGAUUUGCCAUUAACAUAGGCUUCCCUCCUGUGCUGCGACCCCAGAGAAGUGCUGAUCUCAUUCUGUCCCUCAGCUAUUCUUGGGAUCAGGACCCAUUACAGGUCAUGAAAGACACUCAGCAAUACUGCAUUGAUCACCAGGUACCAUUCCCAAAGAUAGAUUUCAGCAAGUAUAGAUCUCAGCCAAAAAAGGAAGUGUAUGUGUUUAUGGAUGAGAAAAAUCCUGAUGCUCCCAUAGUGCUCCACUUUCCGCUGGUCAAUGUCUCAUUUAAGGACUACAAAGCACCAGGAGUAAAGAGAACAGGAAAGAAGGAGCUAAAACAGGGAAAUAUUGAUGUGAGCUCUAAUUUCUGCCCAUAUGUAACCUCAAACCUCACAUACUCUUCAGAAGACUUCCAAAGAUUGGUGGACCUCUCUCACUACAACAUUGUCAACAACAAAGACACCAUCAUAAACGCACUAAGGAAAGUUUUAAACAAAAAAGGGUUCGUUAGUAGUAUGACCUCAGCUGAUGGUACAAAUAACUGCAAAGUAAAUUAAAAGUGGUGUACUGUAAGAAAUGAAGGAUGAAGUGAGUGAGUGUAUUUGG